AUGGCAAGCACAAAUCACCCCUCCGCCAUUUUGGCUUUGAUAGAAUUCGCCACCAAGUCGGCCUUCAAACUCAUCAAGGUGAUUCAGUCUCGCCCAAGCUAUUCGAAACCAUGGCGGGAUUUAGUCAAGGAACUUGAAUCAACAAAAAAGGUGUUUGCGUCCCUCGGUCGGCUGGUCACGGCUUCCACAGAUAUCAAGUUUCUCAGACUGGCUUCUCCGUUAAAGGAAUGUGGCACGGCCUGUAAUAACUUCAAAGAAAGUAUCGUCAAAGCACAUGCUCAAAGCAACGAGAAGGAUAUUUGUGGAAAAAAUACACCCAACUCGGCGAACUCGCCAAGUCGGCUGGGUCAUGUAGAGACCUUUCGGCGGCAUCUCAGCGGCUACAAAUCGACAUUUGAAGUUGUGCUCUUAGCUUCAACGAUUCAAACCUCUCUCACCAAGAACAAAGAUUUAGUAAACAUAAAAACUCUCAUCAAUUGCACCAUCGAAGAUAUUGACGACCUUGACAACGAAGCGGCUGGUACAGAUGGACUUACCCCGCUGACCAAUGGAAGCGUAUCCGUGACCCCUAAGAUAACAGUUCUGGGGGACUGUCGAGACAUUUGUGUUUCGUUUCGCGAGCUUGUUGAUCAGAUCGAGGAGACUAUCCAGCGUAGUAUAACAAACACUCGCGCGAUACCAGACCAAGAUACGCAGAAAAUGGCAGAUAUGCUCUCACAAAUCCACUGCCAGCCCACUUCAAACCGUCUCAGUGCCUACUUCGAGACAUUGAUAGAUGAUUCCCGCAGGUGGAACAUUGAGACUUUUAUCGAGGGUGCACAUUACCUGGCGAAGAUUAUUGGUCCUGAAAAGGGCGAGUAUUAUGAAAAUGCGUUGAAUGGAUUGCAUUAUCCCCUCGCUUUUGCCGAACUAUGGAAUCAGACAUACCAUCAACAACGCAUCGACUCUUUGGACUUUGCAGUAUGUCCUCCUGGCUGGUCCAGUGGAAUCCAAAAUUGUCGUCUCGAUUUAACAUACGAGGGAGACAAGCCAUUGAGUCAAGGUCUCAAUAAAUUGCUCCAAGGGCCUACGACAAUGGACUGUGGCAUGUUUUGUCAACUUCUACAAUGGAUGGCGAUACGCUAUAUGAUAGGAGACGGCCUUUUUGACCGGCUCUUCCAAUUCCAGAAGGGCAAGUUCACCAUAAGCCAACAGUGUUACAGUCCAGCCAAUCUUGAAAACCAAACCGGCAACCUACUGUUUCCUUUCUACGACAGGCCAAUUAACGACAACAUUGGCAUCCGAAAGGAACGGGACGUUUACAAAAUGUGA